AUGCGUACUAGCCUGCAAGGGAAACCACUGGAAAUAAUUCAAGGGAUAGGAACCGACUAUCAAGCAGCGUGGGAGCAACUUGAUAUCAUAUACGGUGAUCCGAGGAAUCUCGCCGAUGCUAUCAUAUCUGACAUCACAAAGUUCAAGAACUUAAUGGACGGUGAGGAUGCAAGGUUCAUCGAGUUUACCGGAUUAGUUAGGAGGAGCUACAACACUCUGAAACAGAUAAAUAAGGAAGAGGAAAUGAACAAUUCUCAUAUGUUGGCGUUGAUAGAACGGAAGCUUACAAAUGAAGAUCGUAAGAUUUGGUUACGUCUGCAGAGGUCACCCACUUUAAAGGGCUUGAUGGACUGGAUGAGCGAGGAACUACAGACUCGCAUUCGGGCGACUGCAUCCAUUCGAGAAGGAAGGUCAGAUAACAGGACAGAGCAAGGUGCAUCCAUACACCAAGUUAUGAACCAUGACAAAGGCAAUGAUGUGGUUCGUAAGCAGGACUUUAAGUGUUGGCACUGUAAAUCCAAUGAUCACUGGAUUGAUAAGUGCCAAAUGAUUAUCAGGAUGAGCCAACCAGAAAGGUACGACUUGAUGAAGGCGAACAGAGCUUGCUUCAGCUGUCUGAAGCGGGCAUGCAAGGAACACCGCAUGACCACAUGUAGAAGAAGAAAGAGGUGCGACCAUUGCCCUUCAUUUCAUCAUCCUUUGCUGCAUUCAACAAUCGAAAAAAGGGAGUCUACAGUGGACGUGGCAAGUAUUGGAUCAAGUGAGACUCUGUUACCAAUACUGUCAGUCAAGGUUCGAGGUACGAAGGGAGUGGUCAUUGGUAACUGUUUGUUGGACUCUGGGUCUCAAGUAACACUCAUCAGGACGGAGAUUGCAAAGAGGCUUAAUCUAGAGGGUGAUCCAAUCCAAGUCGUGAUCACGAAAGUUGGCGGAGAUAGAGAGACUGCUGGGGCCCGUUUCUCAACACAUGGACAAGUUAGUCAUAUCUUUAUCCACCAACCACGGACUAUCGGACUAGAUGUCAUCAACGAUAACAUCACAGGUGUUAAUGUUAGAGAGAUAGCAAGAAUUUUCCAUCUUGACAAACUCUACAGAAGUUCUGGGCCAAUUGAUCUACUCAUCGGUGCCGACUAUGCAAAACUCCAUCUUGGGGAUGGAAAGCCAAGAGAGAGAGGACAUCUAGUUGCUAAGCAAACGCCACUAGGCUGGGUGGUGUUUGGUGGUAAACAAGGCCAGAAGGGUGGAAACGUACUCAAUGUACAAGUAAUCAGGAAUCCCAUUGAUCUGCAGGAUUUUUGGACGACAGAGUCUAUGGGAGUGGCCUGUCCAGAUAAAGAGGUAGAUGAACAGAAGUUUAUCAUCAAGGCUUGUCAGAAGAAAGGACGACAGUGGCUGGUUCCAUAUCCAUGGCAGAGAAACCCAAAGGAACUGCCAGACAACAAAGUACUGGUGGAAAAAAUGCUCUGUGCUACAGAGAAAAGGUUGCUGAAGGAUGCCGAGCAUGCCAAAGUCUAUGAUAAUCAAAUCAAAGAAAUGGUACAGAUGGGUUUCGCAAGGAAAAUGACAAAUGAGGAAAUGGAGUCGUAUGAGGGCCUUGUGCAUUAUAUUCCUCAUCAUGCAGUGUUGCGACCGGAAAAGAAGAGCACACCGAUAAGAAUUGUCUUCAAUUCCUCUUCAGUGUAUGCUGGCAAGUGUCUCAACGACUUCUGGAUGAAAGGCCCUGACCUCUUAAAUAACUUGUUUGGAGUCAUCCAACGUUUCCGGGAGAGGUCAGUAGCAGUUUGUGCAGAUAUCUCAAAAAUGUACCACAUGGUGCUGAUACCCGAGUCUGAUCAGCACGUACACAGGUUUUUAUGGAGAGAUUUGCAAGUGAACAGAAAGCCUGAUACGUUUGUGAUGCAAGUCGUGACGUUUGGAGAUAAGCCGACUCUAGCAAUGGCGCAGACAGCACUGAGACUCACCGCAGAAGAGGGGCGUGCUCAGUCUCCAGAGGCUGCAGAUGUAUUGAAUAGAGAUACAUACAUGGAUGACAUCUGCACAUCUACAGAUACGAUAGAGCAAGCUAAAACCUUAACCAAGGACAUUGACAUGAUUCUUGCUAAUGGUGGGUUUAAGGUGAAAGGCUGGACUUCCAACAUACAGCUAAAAGGUCCAGAGGUAAACGAAACGGAGAAAACUAUGAUGGAAAGUCUAGCAGAGGAAAAGGUGCUAGGAGUCUUCUGGAAUAGAGAGAAGGAUAAGUUCUCUUACAGAGUGAAAGUUGACAAGUUCAUGGAUAAGAGACUAACCAAGAGAAUCAUCCUCAGUCAGGUUGCCCGAAUCUUCGAUCCGAUUGGCUAUACAGCACCGUUUGUCAUCCGGGCUAAAAUUGGGCUACAUCAGCUAUGGGAAAAUGGCUAUGACUGGGAUGCAGUUCUUCCAGAUGAAUGUCAAAUGGAAUGGAAAAGAUUCUUUCAAGAAAUGGAAGAGCUCAAGGAGGUAACAUUUGAAAGAUGUCUGAGUCCGAAGGAGGCAGUGGGUAAGCCGCUGCCCUGUAUCUUCAGUGAUGCUUCGAUGCAUGCCUUUGGAGCGUGUGCAUACCUGAGGUGGGAGAUGGAUGAUGGAGGCUACAUGACUAGAUUUGUGGCAGCAAAAUCACGAGUGGCACCACUCAAGCCACUAACUGUUCCCCACCUUGAGCUUCAGGCUGCAGUUCUUGCGAGUAGGUUAUAUAAGACGAUAUUGGAGGAGCUGAGGAUUGAAAUUGAGGAUGUCAUUUUAAUGACAAACAGUACGAUCGCCCUCUCGUGGAUUAGAGGUAGGCCGAAAAACUUCAAGACGUUUGUUGCAACAAGAGUGGGAGAAAUCCAGACCAGUACAGACCCCAGCAAAUGGAGACACAUCUCUGGAGAAAGCAACAUAGCAGAUGUGUUAUCAAGAGGACUGAAGGCAAGUGAGCUGUUGGGGUCUUGGCAACGGGGUCCAGACUUUCUUCAAAAGUCAACAUCUGAUUGGCCUGACGAAGUCAAGGUUCGUGAGGACCUUCCUGAUGUUGAGAAGGAGAGGCGUUACGAGAAGACAGUUCUAAAUGUGUCCCAGAGUUAUCAUCUGAUUGAUUACGAGAGGUUCUCUAACUGGAGGAAACUGGUCAGAGUAGCAGCAUUGGUGAUGAAGUUUGUAAAGAAACCCAAGGCCAGACGGCAGAAUCAGGAAAAAGAGACCAGUAUAGAGAUUACGCCCACAGAACUAGAUGACGGAGAAAAGUACAUCAUCAGAGAUGUACAAAAUGGCAUGGAGUCUCGGAUCAAGAAAGGAGAGCUGAAGUAUUUGAGUCCAUUCAUUGAUGACUACGGUAUCAUACGGGUUGGAGGCAGGAUAGAUAAAGCGAUUACGUCAUUCGAGCAGAAGCAUCCUGCCCUGCUUCCAUAUGGACAUCAUGUGUCAAGACUGAUUACUCGUCAUGUACAUGAGACGAGUCACAGUGGAGUAGCUGCAACCAUGGCAAAGAUAAGACUGAAAUACUGGAUUCUUCAUGGUCACAAACUUGCCAAGACAGUUAAGUAUAGAUGUACCAGGUGCAGAGUGUUUCAGCACAAGACAGAGACCCAACAGAUGUCAGACCUACCAAAAGAGAGAUUGGCCCCAAGUACACCACCAUUCCACUUUACUUCAUGCGACUAUUUCGGGCCGCUAACGGUGAAAGUGGGACGUAACAAGACAGCAAAAUAUUAUGGUGUGAUAUUCACCUGCUUGAACACUCGCGCUGUUCAUCUGGAACUGGCAGUGGAUUGUAGUACGAUGGAAUUCAUACAGGUGCUAAAACGUUUCUUCUCUAUCAGAGGACAACCGACGAUGAUCAUGAGCGACAAUGGUACCCAGUUCAUAGGUGCAGAACGAGAACUAAGGAAGAUGACGGAAGGACUGUCUGACAACGAGCUGAAGGACUUUUGUGCAGAGAGAGGCACUACAUGGAAGUUUGUAACUCCAGGGGCACCACAUCAAAACGGGAGCGCCGAAUCUUUGGUCAAGAGUUGCAAGCAUGCAUUGAAAAGGGCGAUAGGUAAUCAAGUGUUGUCGCCUUUUGAACUGUAUACAUGCUUAGUGGAGGUAUCGAAUCUUGUCAACCAAAGACCUAUCGGCCGACUUCCAACUGAUCCAGACGAUGGCAGCUAUAUCUCACCGAACGACAUGCUUCUAGGACGAGCUUCGGGGAGCGUAGCGCAAGGCCCAUUCUUGAAGACGCGAAAUCCAAGACACAGAGUGGAACUGGUUCAACGCAUCGUAGAUUCUUUCUGGCAACGGUGGAAAAGGGAUGUCUUGCCACUGUUAGCUCCAAGAAGGAAGUGGAACAUUCAUCGACGCAAUGUCUGCGUUGGGGAUGUAGUAAUGCUCGCCGACAUGAACUCUGUACGCAGCAAGUGGACAAUCGCUCGCGUGCUUGAAGUAUACCCAGGUGACGAUGGUAAAGUGCGGAAUGUGAAAGUAAAGACUAUGAACUCUGAAUAUCGUCGCCCAGUAACCAAGUUAGCAGUAAUCUACCCUGUUGAGCGAUACGAAGAUUAG